GAGUUGGUUUGUGCCAGGAAGCGCAGUGGGUGCUGGCUGGGGGGGGGGGGGGGUCUUUCUUCUCUAACAAACUUCCCAGCUGUGUAGGAGGCAGUGCAGCAGUCAAGUCAUCAUUCCCGCUGGCCUGUCACAUCCCCCGCCACCCCCGCCGUGAGACCGACAGCCCUUUAAAACCAACAAAUCUCCAAGUCAUCAAGUGACCAGGCGGGCGGGUGCCGGAGGGUGCUGUGACUCCAGCAGCUGCCCGCAGCAGCCGGGCAGGGGCGCUCUCCCCUCGGAGCUGCCGGCAGCAGGAGCAGCGAACCCCUCCCGCGGCGAGUGGCUUCCCAGGCGGAGAAGUUCCCGCAGCCCCAGCCGAGCAGAAGGAGGCGGCUCCUGCGAGCUUGCGGGGGGAGAGCGCAGAACUCUCCCUGCCUGGAGCUCACCCCGCACCCCAGCCAGCCGCUCGCUCCCUCCCGCCCGCUCCGCCGAGCCGCCGCUGCAUGAGGCGCUCCGGGCUGGUCUUCGGGGCCACCUGUUCCGCUCUCCUCCAGCCCGCGGCCGCGGCCAUGAACGCCUCGCUGGGCAAUCAGACCGAGGCGGCGGGGCUCUUCUUCGCCAACAGCAGCGACGCCCUGGAGCGGGCCCUGCGCUGCUGCACCCAGGCCUCCGUGGUGACCGACAACGGCUUCGUGGUGACCGGCCCGGACGAGAGGAGCCUCUACAUCAUGCGGGUGGUGCAGAUCGCGGUCAUGUGCGUCCUCUCGCUCACCGUGGUCUUCGGCAUCUUCUUCCUGGGCUGCAACCUGCUCAUCAAGUCCGAGGGGAUGAUCAACUUCUUGGUGAAGGACCGGAGACCGUCCAAAGAGGUGGAGGCGGUGGUGGUCGGGCCCUACUGACAGCCAGUGCCGCCCGCUGAGGAGCCGGCCAGGAAACAGGUGGCACUUGCCGCAGGCCCUCGCUGCUGCUGCUGCAGCGGCCACGGGUGCCUUUUGCCCGAGCGGGGCAGCCCCACCCCGGGAAGGGGAGCGGAGGCGCCUCGGACCCGCUCCUGGCUUGGGGGCUCUGGCACUGCUUGCUGCCCGGGGACGCUCCGAUGCCAGCCCCGGUUCUCCCGCGGCUCCAGAGCAGGGCGGCUGGGGGGGACGGACACAGCCCCAGCCCCAGCCAGGGCGCGUCUGCCUCUUCUGUAUGUUACACGGCCAGAGCGGAGCCUCCUGCAGCGCCUUGUAUAUAGUGAUUGUGAUGCACUUCGCUGCUUGGUUUAAAA